GUACGCAACAGCAAAGCCAGUGGAUACUGCUUGGACCAGGGUGCAGAAGAUGACAAUAAAGCCAUCCUCUAUCCAUGCCACGGAAUGUCUUCCCAGCUCGUCCGUUACAGCACCCAAGGAUUGUUGCAACUGGGCCCCCUGGGAUCCACGGCGUUCCUACCCGACUCAAAAUGCCUGGUAGAUGAUGGGAAAGGAAGGACCCCCGCACUGAAGAAAUGUGAAGAUACGCUGAGACCAACCCAGCGACUCUGGGACUUCACACAG